AUGGGGUGGCACCAGACCUUCAUCCUUGUUGGCAUUCCGGGCAUGCAGGAGUACAACUCCUGGAUGGCUUUCGCUCUCUGUCUGCUCUACCUCCUCACUCUCUUUGGAAACUUGACUAUCCUAUUUGUCAUCAAGACAGAGCAAAGCCUCCACAAUCCCAUGUACCUCUUCCUCUCCAUCCUCUCCUGCUCGGAUCUCAGCCUGGCCAUGUCCACCAUGCCAACAAUGCUGGGCGUUUACUGGUUUGACGCCAGAGAAAUCUCAUUCACUGCCUGCCUCACCCAGAUGUUCUUCAUUCACACAUUUGGGGUAGUGGAGUCUGGCAUCCUUGUGGCAAUGGCUUUUGACCGCUUCGUUGCCAUACGUGACCCCCUGAGAUACACCUCUCUCCUCCAAAAUUCAGUAAUUGGUAAAAUGGGACUUGCUGUCUUGGCCAGAGGUUUCUGCGUCUGCUUCCCAGCUCCCUUCCUGAUUAAACGGCUGCCCUUCUGCCAGUCCAAUGUGCUCUCUCACUCCUACUGCCUCCAUCAGGAUGCGAUGAAACUGGCCUGUGCAGACACAAGAGUGAACGUGUUGUAUGGACUGAUCAUAGUCAUUUGCACCUUCGGGCUGGAUGCUGUGGUCAUCUUAUUCUCUUACAUCCUCAUUCUGAAGACCGUUUUGAAUAUUGCUUCUCGCACAGAGCGUCUGAAGGCCCUGAACACUUGCGUCUCCCACGUGUGUGCCAUCUUGAUUUUCUAUGUGCCCCUGAUAGGUGUCACUGUGGUACACCGAUUCGCAAGACACCUCUCUCCCAUCAUUCCCAUGAUGAUGGCCAACAUUUACAUUGUGGUCCCGCCCUUUCUUAAUCCCAUUGUGUACAGUGUGAAAACACAGAAGAUUCGGCAAAGGAUACGCAAAAUGUUCCAGCAAAAGAAAAUCCGGAAUUGA